AUGUGGCGUCUCGCAACCCCUUGCUACUUCAUUGUAAGUUAUUGGACCACCUUGGUACACCCGCUAUCGUGCCGUGGGAUUGAGCUUCAUCCCGCUCUGUUUUAUCUUUUUCUCCAAGGCAGUUUUCUCUCCCUCUUUCUUUCACACAACACACCCUUUCUUGGCUUUGCCUUCAUGAUGAACUCUCGUCCCGCAUUUCCAGAUCUGUUUGAGUGGUUCCCCCAUGAUCAGCAGCUGCAACUUAUCUAUGACACCUCUCAUUCAAAUGACGGACCAGGGUUGCACAAUGCUGUACCUGCUCAGGUGUCAUCAGACCAACCUGGGGAGCUUCAUAUACACAGCUUGUCCCAAGAACCUGUCGUCUCUGUGCCUCAAGGCAUAGCUUCUCUUAGUCAUGCCGAAUUAACAGAAACUCAUAUGGGCCCUCCCCCUAAGCGUCGGAGGAAGAAAGCUCCAACACUACGUGCAAACGAUUGGGAGCCCUAUAGAGCUCGAAUUCUGGAACUUCACGAUGAACAGAAGCUGCCUUUGCCAAAGGUCAAGGCUAUGAUCGAACAAGAGUUUGAAUUCACUGCUGAGUAUGGUCUUUCCAAAACGCCAUUCCCCUGA